CUUCUCUAUGUCAUUUGAAAAAGAAUUAAGUCAAGAGGACUCUGCAGAUCUUUUACCUGACAAUAUUUUCUGUUCUUGGCUUGGGGAAAACUAAGUGGCCAGUGGUCUUGGCAUGGCUCUUCCCAGUAUCCUGACAGAAGCUGAAAUUGCUGCUGGUCUACAGAGCUGUCAAGCUGCUGAUUCAUUUGAUUGCAAAACCUUUUUUGUCAAAGUGGGUCUCAAGUCCAAAGACCAAGCUGACAAAGUCUUUGGAAUUCUUGACCAGGACAGGAGUGGCUUUACCAAGGAAGAGGAAUUGAAACUUUUCCUGAAGAAUUUCUCAGCCAGUGCCAGAGCUUUGACUGAUGCUGAGACCGAGGCAUUCCUGGCAGCAGGGGACAGUGGAGACGGUAAAAUUGGAAUGGAUGAGUUUCAAGCACUGGUCAAAUUGUAACCAGCAGUCAAGAUAAAGACCAAGAUAGAUGUGCCAUAAACAAUCUUUCCUAUUGCAAACCUACCAUUUAUUUACACAUUUUGUACCCUGAAAGGUCAGGAACAAGUGUUGGCAAGUGGUUUCACAUUGCUGGAAUACAUCUGAAGUAGUACAAGCACUACUAAAGCCACGCUCCCAGGUGUUUUAAGCAGAAGAUCUAUGCCACUGGGGGACUGAAUUGGAAUCCACUCUGCUCAUCUGAAUGUAGGGCAUUAAAGAUACAAACAAAAAUAUUAAGAGGAUAAAUUAAAAGCAUCUCUGUGGGCCAUUGAAUUUUCAAUAUUUGCAUAAAUAGCUAGCACAUGUUGUUAAAAAAACCAGAAUUAAUAAAAUGUCCAGGUGUAAAA